AUGUCUUAUCAGCUUCCAUCUAACAUUCGCUCCAUAAGCGACAUAAACUUUUCUGUUAUUAAACGUUACGUUCCUUCUCUGCACAAGAUAAUUGCUAUUGCUGCCUCUGCAUCAAUCUAUAUCCUCACACCCGACAAUUCUGAGGCCGGUGCGGAAUGGAAGCGGGCUGAAAUAGAAGGCACACUCUUUGUCUGCGAGCUAGACAAUUCAAAAUCAAUUGGCACAGAUCAUCAUUGUAUAGUCGUUUUGAACAGAAAAGGGAUGGAUAAUCUAAUCAUCGGAUCUGGGGAAAUCGACAACGUAGAGAUCACCACCAAGUUUUUGACGUUAAGUUUCAGUACAAAUGGUGAGACUAGGAUUCUUGGCUUCUUUAUACAAAGUAGCAUUUGUUCUCGUGAGGAUAUCUGUACCUUGAUCAAAGGUCAUUGGGAAGCCGCGAAACAAGAGCAAGUGAAUUUUGAAGUAUCCCACAGCGAAGGUCUAGAAGGAAGCAUUGAAUCUCACUACACAUACCAUAGAUUAGCAAGAAGACUAAGUCUAUCAGAGCUUUUUGGUCGUCGUUAA